GUUGUGAAGAUAGCCGCGCACCAGUCGCGGCGUGCGGCAUUCAACCAUGGAGUACCGCCUCAUUUUUUCCAUGGGAACAGGCUCGCCGACGAGUGGGCCAAGACGGGUGCCAAGGCGCACCCGACGAACUUCCACGUCAGAGACAGGAUAAAGUUCCAUCAUGAUCAAGUGACCCUGUUGGCCAGGUACAUGACUGAGGUGUUGAAGAAUGUGCACAGGUUAGGGUACCCCGACGUUGAGGCCAUCAAGCUGCCGUGCCCUGGGGUCCCCGUGGUCUUCCUGAAAGCUCACCCCACCCACCGCCUCUGGGCCAACGGGCCAGUCUUGUGGUGCUCGGCGUGCGGGGUGUACGCCCAGCAGCAGGUCAAAGAUCUUGCUGAGAGGUGUGCUUCUCGCGCCGUCGGAGAAUGGAAGAAGAGGUCACUGCGCCUCUUGAAGCAGGGCAAGAACCCGUCCUCGCCGAAGGCGGAG